CAGUCAGGUUUGUUGCAGGAAGUGAACAUGGCGACCGCAGCGUUGCUGUCAGAGUCCGUACUCGGGUGGUCCAUUUUCGCCCUUGUUCUUCUGGUCAUCUUGGCUUUUUGUUGGGUGUACAUUCGCAAGUAUCAGAGUCGCCAGGAGAGUGAGGUGGUCUCUACCAUUACGGCGAUAUGUGCUCUGGCUGUUGCACUUAUAACGUCAGCCCUUCUGCCAGUGGACAUAUUUCUUGUAUCAUACAUGAAAUACUCUAAUGGAACUUAUAAGGAGUGGGCAGCUAACAAUGAGACCAGGGGGCAGAUUGAAGACACAGUUCUCUACGGAUACUACACUCUCUUCCUGAUCAUCCUGUUCUGUGUUUUCCUCUGGAUACCCUUUGUAUACUUCUACUACGAGGAGAAGGAUGACGACAACGUCAACAAGUGUUCGCAAGUGAAAAAUUCGCUGAAGUACACAAUUGGAUUUGUUGUUGUCUGCUCGGCGCUCCUAUUAAUCGGGGCCUUUGUUCCUUUGGAAGCGCCACCCAACCAGAAUGCAACACAGUGGGAGAAAGCUCAGUACUUUUUCAAGGAGCUUGGCAGUAGCCGUGGCUUCGUUGCCCUCUCCUUCUCCAUCAGCUCCCUGACCCUGGUUGGCAUGCUUGCAGUGAUCACCUACACCGCGUAUGGCAUGUCAGUACUCCCACUGAACCUCAUCAAAGGAACACGCAGCAUCGCCUAUGAGCGCCUGGAGACCACGGAGGACAUAGAUGAAGUUGAGCAACAGAUCGAGAAGCUCAGAUCUAAGUGCGAGGACGGGCGGCCCCUCUCUUCCCGGGACAGGAGAAAACUUCAGGAGCUGGAGUCGAAGCUGCAGGUGCUCCGGCGGAGAGACAGACAUCUGGAGAUCGCUGAGAAGAACUGCUGCACCAAGGUGGGCAGUGUUCUACGACCCCUGAAGAUUUUGCUGGGGAUUUUCUUCAUUCUGGUUGCCCUCCUGUUCGUCGUGUCCCUCUUCAUUUCAAAUUUGGAUAAAGCUCUCCACUCUACUGGUAUCAACUCUGGAUUUAUCAUCCUUGGGACCAACUUGACUAAUCCAGUCAACGAGCUCUUGUUGGCCCUACAGCCUGUCUUCCCCUUGGAUUAUCUCUUGAUUACUGUCAUCACCAUGUACUUUGUCUUCACAUCCAUGGCAGGGAUACGCAACAUAGGAAUAUGGUUCUUCUGGAUACGGCUGUACAAGAUCAGACCAAGAAGGACUCGCCCUCAGGCCCUUCUCUUCCUUUGUAUGAUCCUCCUCCUGAUUGUCCUACACACCAGUUUCAUGAUCUAUAGCCUGGCGCCACAGUAUGUCAUGUAUGGGAGUCAGAAAUACCUUGUCCAGAGUAACAUGCCAUCAACCAGAGAUGUUCAGGGGAACUCCACUGGAUUCAGCAGCAGGACAUGUGAUGCUGCCGCACCUGAAGAUCAGUGUACGAUGACAAGGUCCUACCUGUUCCUUCACAAGUUUUGGUUUUUCAGCACAACCUACUACUUUGGAAACUGGGCUUUCAUUGGAGUUUUCUUCAUCGGUUUCGUUGUGUCCUGCUGCAAAGGAAAGAAGUCAGUGAUCGAAGGCGAGGUUGAAGCUGAUGACUCGGAUAUGAGCGAUGAUGAAUAUUUGCACUAAUGGUACAAAACAUUUGCAGCCAAAAGAUUUUUUUUGUAUUCCAAAGGUUUGGGUAGACUAAUGAUGUUUAGUUUGGUGGGAGUGUCAGGACAUGGGGUGGAUUUCAGUUCCAUUGAACUGAUAUUCCAUUUCUGUGUUUGAAUGCCAUUGUUUUCAUGUAUGCAAAUGAAUAUCCAGAUGGACAGAAAAACAGGAAAUGGAGUGAAUGAAGUGUGGUGGUUUUUUUUUUUUUUUUUUGGUUUCUGCCCUCCUCCCCCUACCCAUUUUAAAAAAAAUCGUGCUGUUAGGUUACCUGUAAGUAGAUCCCUGGUUCUUUCUUAACUGACUCAUAUGACAACCUGUCUUUCGCACUGAGGUACUAUGAUUUGUAAAGCAGUGAUCAGGAUUAUUGCUCCUUUUCCUGCUGGGCUCAUUGUUCUGUGUUUCUUUGGACUGUAACCCAGUCAUAUGUGGUCAGCAGAGAGAUGUUACUUGAUGACAUUUGGUACUGAAGGGCCAUCACCACAAAAGCCCUACAAAAUUUCAGGAGCAGGGUUGUAUCAUUUAUUUCUUUUUUGUUUAAAUGCUUUUAAGGUAAUAUAUUUUUUUUCAUUCAAAUUAAUGUGUUUUCUUUAUUUGUAUUUAAGUACUAUUCUGACUUGCAAGGAAUGGGUUUGAAAAACUUACUCUUCUAAUCAAAAACUGUCCCACUGUUAUGCAAUGUGCUGUGCUACUUAUAUUACUGACCAGAGAAGUGUUGAAACUGUAAAAAUGAAUCGUGUGGUUUAGUGUUUUCAUUUUGAAUUAACAUGGAAUUUAAAACUAUAAUCUUGACAUUGGCUGGAAUUAAGUUUUGCUUUUGCUGAUGGUGGUGUUUACUUCCAUCUAACACGUCUCAUAAAUGACAGAUUAUAAAUGAUGUUUGAGGAUUUGCUAGUUUCUUACUUUCAUAAUAGCUGAAGGUUAUCUGCUAAAUACUACCAUUUUAACAAAUGUUAUUUUCCAAUAAA